UUUUUUUUUUUUCCGGUGCGACUUUGCCAAGUAGCGGCGCAAUGUCGAGUGCGAGCGCGAGUGCGGGUGGACCGUUAUUCUUCUCCCUCCGCCGCCGCGCGCUGCUCGGAGCGCUUUUUUUACGCACGGAUACCGUGACGAGCGCUCUUUUCGGAAUAAACGCGAAGGGGAGGCAGCAAGAAGAACCCCAAAGUUUCCCGUGCGAACUCGCAGGAAUGCUUUUCACCUUCCCGCGGAUGUUGCAUUGAUGAGGAGCGCCAGCCGCUGCCGCCGCCGGAGUGAAAACAUCAGCGUUGCAAAAGUGAAGUUUCCGAGCGGCCCGGGUCGGGAUUAUAAUGCUGUAGCGUGGAUGCGUCAAGCUGCACCGGGCUGGCUGACCUGACCAUGGCGCGGCUUCACUCGCUCCUGCUGCUGCUGCUGCUGCUGUGGACUCUGUCGCGCUACUCGGCGUCCACGCAAGUCCGCCAAGAGUUCCGCGUGCUGGAGGAGCAGCCCGCGGGGACCUACGUGGGUCAGAUCGAGACCCGCGCCGGCUUCACGUACCGCUUCAGCGAGAGCCACAGACUUUUCGCCAUCAACGGGAGCACGGGGGUGAUCUCCACCUCGUCCGUGGUGGACAGGGAGCUGCUGCAGAGCGAUGUCAUCAACGUGGUGGUGCUCUCCAGCCAGCCCACCUACCCCACGGAGGUCAGGAUCAUCGUGUCGGAUAUUAACGACAACGCGCCGGUGUUCCCGGACGCGUCCAUCGUGGUGUCCUUCAAGGAGGACGCCAGCAGCGGCCGGCAGGUCAUUCUGGACACGGCCACCGAUUCCGACAUCGGGAGCAACGGCGUCGACCACACCACCUACAGAAUCGUCGAGGGCAACCAGCAGAGGAAGUUCCGCUUGGAUAUUACCGUCAAUCCCAGCGGCGAGGGCGCAUUCCUGCAUCUGGUGUCGACAGGGGGUCUGGACCGGGAGCUUACGCCCUUUUACCAGCUUCUGGUCGAAGUGGAGGACAAGGGGGACCCUAAAAAGUUUGGCUACAUGCAGGUGAACGUCACCAUCCAGGACAUCAACGACAACCCGCCCGUGUUUGAGGGCGAACAGUACCAGGCCAGCGUGUUUGAGGACGCCGCCGUGGGCUCCGCCGUCCUCCGGAUCACGGCGUCCGAUCGGGACGACGGGACCAACGCCGAGAUCAGGUAUUUCCUCGACGAGGGCACCCCCUUCCAAAUCGACCCGAAAGACGGUACCGUUAUCAUAAAGCAAAGUUUGGAUUACGAAAGUAAGAAGGAGUACUCGUUGACGAUCCACGCGGUGGACAACGGGGCGCCGUCAUUGUCCGGGAGGACAGAGGCCACCGUCAAACUGCUGGACGUAAAUGACAACGACCCCGUGGUGAAGUUCAGGUACUUCCCCACCACAUCCAAGUUUGCGUCCGUCGACGAAAACGCGCAAAUUGGCACCGUGGUGGCCCUGCUCACCGUUUCUGAUUCCGACUCCCCCGCUGCGAACGGUAACAUCUCGGUGUCCAUUUUGGGCGGUAACGAGCAGAGACAUUUUGAGGUGCACACGUCCCCCGUGCCCAAUUUGAGCUUGAUUAAAGUGGCCAGCGUAUUGGACAGGGAGCGAAUUUCCUCGUACAACCUAACGGUGUCGGUGUCGGACAACGGCAAGCCGGUGGCACGCUCGUCUUACGCUAGUCUUGUCAUAUUCGUCAAUGAUAUCAAUGACCACCCCCCAGUAUUCCAGGAGGCGCUGUACAGGGUCGAUAUCAGCGAAGACGUCCCCAGGGGCAGCUACAUAAAAGGGGUUUCUGCAACAGAUGGCGACUCCGGGCAGAAUGCCAACCUCCGCUACUCGCUGGUGUCUGGAAACACUUUGGGCUGGUUCUCCAUCAGCGAAAACAGUGGCCUGGUUACCAGCGCUGCUUUGUUGGACCGGGAGGUGGCAUCCCAAGUCGUGCUCAACAUUAGCGCAAAGGACCAGGGCCUGCAGCCCAAGAUUUCUUACACCAAACUCAUCGUGAGCAUCGCCGAUGUGAAUGACCAAGUGCCCACGUUCACACAGAGCGUGUAUCGCGUUUCCCUGGUCGAGCACGCCCCCGCCGGCACCGAGCUGCUCGUGCUCUCGGCCUCCGACGACGACCUGGGCGAGAACGGGACGGUCCGAUUCUCAUUCGACGCAGAGACGGCGCCCGGCGUCCGGGACCUGUUCCGACUGGACGCCGCGUCGGGCCGGCUGAGCACAGCCGGCGAGCUGGACAGAGAGGAUCGGUCGUCUUACUUGCUCCACAUCCAAGCGAGAGACACCGGCACGCCCCCGCUGCACUCGGUUGGAAAAGUCAACGUCACCCUGAGGGACAUCAAUGACAACAGGCCCGUUUUUUAUCCCGUGCAGUAUUUCGCAAACGUGAAAGAGAACGAGCCGCCGGGCACUUACGCCGCCGCCGUUUCCGCCACGGACCCGGACUCGGGUCGCAACGGCACCGUUAAAUACAUCAUCACGGCGGGCGACACCUCCAAAUUCCACAUUAACAGCAACACGGGUAAAAUCACCACCCUGGCGUCGUUGGACAGAGAAGUGAAAACCGCGUAUCAGCUGCAGGUGACAGCCGCAGACGGCGGCGGCCUGCGCUCGCACACGCACGCCAUCGUCACCGUGACCGUGGUGGACACACAAGAUAACCCCCCCAUCUUCGGCCAGAAAGAUUACAGCUUUGUCAUGUUUGAGAACGUGGCCACGGGAACGGUCGUCGGGACGGUGUCGGCCACCACUGUGGAUUUGAACGCGAAUAUUUCCUACCUGAUCACCUCGGGGGACCAGAGGGGGGUUUUUGCCGUCAACGCGGCAGGUCAGAUCACGGCAGCCAGUCCGAUAGACCGAGAGGAGCAAGGCUUCUAUCGCCUGAAGGUUGUCGCUCGAGCGGGCGAAAUCACGGGAGAGGCCUUUGUCAACGUCACAGUCAAGGACCUGAACGACAAUGCGCCCCACUUCAUCCACUCCGUGGUACACGUGAGCGCCGUAGAGAACUGGAGCACGGGCCACGUGAUCUUCCAAGCCAAGGCCUCGGAUCCCGACGAGGGUGCCAACGGCGUGGUGGUCUACAGCCUCGAGCGAAACCCGCGAGGUCUGUUUCACGUUCACGAGAAGCACGGCCUCAUCACGCUGACCGGACCUCUGGAGGUCACCACUACGUCCUACGAGGUGGAGGUCUUGGCGUCAGACAACGGGGUCCCCCGACUUACCUCAAGCUUGGUCCUCAUCAUCAGCGUGUACGACGUCAACGACAACUCGCCCGUGUUUGGCCAGCUCUCCUACGAGGUGGCCAUCCUUGAGUCAGAGCCGGUCAACAGCCGUUUUUUCAUGGUGGAGGCCACCGACAAAGACUCCGGCCUCAACGGGGAGAUCAUGUACGACAUCGUUGGCGGCAACACUGGGGAUGUCUUUGGAAUUUUUCCAGACGGUCAACUGUACAUUAAAGCAGAGCUGGACCGGGAGCUGCAAGGCAGCUAUGACUUAGUGGUGGUGGCGACAGACCGCGCCGUGGAACCGCUAAGCGCCGCCGUCAAUGUCAGUGUGAUUCUGGACGACGUCAACGACAACCGCCCCCUGUUCAACAGCACCAAUUACGUCUUUCACUUUGAGGAGGAGCAGACGAGGGGCUCGCCGGUCGGCCGGGUCCACGGCGAGGAUAAGGACUUUGGGCCGAACAGCGACAUCAGAUACUCAUUUGAGACUCCGCAGCCCAACUUUGAGCUGAACGCCAUGACGGGGGAGUUGACGAGCACGCAGCGACUGGACCGCGAGUCGCUCGUGAGACAAAGGGGCACCGCCGCCUUCAGCUUUGUCGUCAUCUCGGCCGACCAGGGACUCCCGAAACCCCUGAGAGACCAGGCCAAAGUGCACGUUUACAUACGAGACAUCAACGACAAUGCGCCCAAGUUCACCAAGGACAUUUACCAGGCCUCCAUCUUUGAGUCGGCGCAGAAUAUGACCCAGCUGCUGCGCGUCUCCGCCUCCGACGUGGACGAAAACAACAACGGACGAGUCCAUUAUCACAUCGCUCUCGGCAACGAGGAGGGACAGUUCGCCAUUGACGGCAGCUCUGGACAAAUCACGCUGGUGGGCGGGCUGGAUUAUGAAUCGACAGCCACGUAUUCUCUGAAAAUAAUCGCCGUUGAUGGCGGCGUCGUGCCCUUGUCGUCCACGUGUCUGCUAAGCAUCACCGUCCUGGACGAGAACGACAACUCCCCGACCUUCCCCAAACCGUCAGUGUCCGUGGACGUGCAGGAAAACAUGAGGAUAGGCGACCUGGUGGCCUCCGUGACGGCGAGCGACGCCGACUCGGGCCCGAACGCCGACAUAACGUACAGCAUCGCCGCCGCAAACGGCCACGGCACGUUCGGCAUCAGUCCCAACACGGGCAGCAUCUUCUUGUUCAAGAAGCUGGACUACGAAACGCAGUCCUUUUACAAGCUCAACGUCACGGCGAGGGACAACGGGCGACCCCAGCGCUCCUCGUCCAUUCCCGUGAUCGUACAUGUGAGGGAUUUCAACGACAACCCCCCCAUCUUCACCCCCGGGGACAUCUUCAAAUCCAUCCCGGAGAAUCUGCCCGUCUCGGCCUCGGUCAUGACCAUCUCGGCUCACGACACGGACGCGGACAUCAACGGGCAGCUGGAGUACUCCAUUGUUCAGCAGGUCCCCCGGGGAGGCCACUUCAGCAUCGACCCGAGCUCCGGCCUCAUCUACACCGCCAAGGAGGUGGACAGGGAGUUCUCCAACCUGUUUGAGCUGACGGUGAAGGCCACGGACCAGGCCAUGCCCUUUGAAUUCCGGCGUUUCGCUCUUAAAAACGUCACCAUAUGGGUCACGGACCUCAACGACAACGUCCCCACUUUCGUGUCGCAGAACGCCCUCGUGGCCGAGCCCAGCAUCGUCGUCGGCUCCAUCCUGACGACGGUGGUGGCCCACGACCCCGACGACGGAGAAAACGGCGAGGUGGAGUACGAGCUGGUGGAGGGCGACUCGGACACGUUCAUCGUGGACCGCUACAGCGGCGACAUCCGGCUGGCCUCGCAGCUGGUGCCCUCCCGCCUCACCUACACGCUCACCGUGUCGGCCACCGACCACGGCAGCGAGCGCAAGACCUCCAGGACGGACAUGACCAUCAUCCUCCGGGGUUUGGACGGCCCCGUGUUCACGCAGCCCAAGUACAUCACCAUCCUCAAGGAGGGCCAGCCGCCGGGGACCGACGUCAUCUCCCUGGACGCCUCCAGCCCGCGAGGCUCCGGCGGGAAAGUGGAGUACUUCAUCGUGGCGGUGCGUAGCGGCGGCAAGGCCGCCGGCCGCCUCUUCACCAUCGGACGCCGCAGCGGAGUCUUGCAGACGGCAGCGGAGCUCGACAGGGAGAAGGGCUCCGACCUCUACCUGGUGGACGUGUACGCCAUCGAGACGGACGCCGGCCAUCCCAGGACGCAGCGCGCCGAGGUGGAGAUCACACUGCAGGACGUCAACGACAAUCCGCCUGUUUUCCCCAACGACAUCCUGGACGUAACCAUCGAGGAGAACGUGGGCGACGGCUUCAGGAUAAUGCAGCUAACAGCCACGGACGCAGACGAGGGCCCAAACGCGCUGGUGACAUACACCAUAAUCAGCGGUGCAGACGACAGUUUCCGAAUUGACCCCGAGUCCGGCGACCUGAUCGCCACCAAAAAACUGGACCGGGAACGCCGAUCCAGUUACUCCCUGCUGGUGCGGGCUGACGACGGUCAACAGUCGUCCGACAUGAGGCUCAACAUCACCGUCGAGGACGUCAACGACCACACUCCCAAGUUCUCGCGCCCCACAUAUUCGUUCGACAUCCCUGAAGAUACGUCACCGGGCUCCAUUGUGGCGGCGAUCCUGGCCAGCGACUCUGACUCAGGGGUGAACGGCGAGGUCACGUACUCGCUGGAGGACGACGACGACGUCGAGACGUUCCUGCUUAACCCGGUCACCGGCGUUUUCAACGUGACACGGUCGCUGGACUACGAGAACCAGCAGUACUACAUCCUGACGGCCAAAGCGUUGGACGGCGGCGGGCAGGCCAGCACAGUCCGGGUGUAUUUCAACGUCCUGGACGUGAACGACAAUGCGCCGAUGUUCAACACCAGCGCGUACAGCGCGUCGGUUUUGGAAAGCCUGCCGCCGGGAUCCAGCAUCGUUACUGUCAGUGCCAGUGAUGCAGAUGAUGGUCCCAAUGCAGAGCUCAUAUACAAAAUUGCAUCGGGCGAUCCGCAGGACCACUUUGUCAUAACGAAAGAGGGUGUCCUGAAAACCAGGAAGGCCUUGGACAGGGAGACGCAGUCCUUCUACAACCUGGUGAUCACGGUUAACGACCUGGCUCCAUUUCCGACGACCCGUUUCACCAGCACUGCGCAGGUGUCCGUCAUCCUGCUGGACGUCAACGACUGCCCACCGACGUUCAUCUCGCAAAUGAUGACGUACAUCCAGGAGAACACACCGGUGGAUACGGCGGUCUUCACCGCCCAGGCUGCGGAUGCUGACAGCGGGCCCAACAGUUACGUCGAAUAUUCUCUCAAGGGACCGUUCAGUAACAAGUUCAGAAUUGAUACCAUUGACGGGGAGGUCCGGUUGAUUGGAGAAUUGGACCGAGAGGAGCUGGCCAACUACACCCUGACAGUUGUCGCCACUGAUAAAGGCGAGCCGCCGCUUUCCUCCACCAUGGAUGUGACCAUGUUGGUUCUGGACGUCAAUGACAACACGCCGAGCUUCUCCCAAAAUAUUUACGACAUUGAGAUCGAGGAGAACACAUUGACUGGGACCGACAUCAUCCAAGUGUUUGCCACUGACGCAGAUGAAGGCACCAACGGGCAAAUCCGCUUCUCUAUCUCCGGGGGAAAUCCCAAUGGAGACUUCAGAAUGGAUUCGGUCACAGGAAUGGUCUCUGUGGCCAAGCAGCUGGACCGCGAAGUCCAGUCGUCGUACUCGCUGGUUGUCCAAGCGUCCGACCGUGGAAGCAGUCCCAGGGUUGACCGUGCGACGGUCAACAUCGUGUUGCUGGACAUAAAUGACUGCUUGCCUGUGUUUGAGCUCUCUCCUUACACGGUCAACGUUCAGGAGAACCUCGAGGCUUUACCAAGAAACAUACUUCAGGUUGUCGCCAGGGACGAUGACCAAGGCGCCAACGGUCAUCUCAGCUACAUGCUCGGCGGCGGCAACGAUGGAGGCGCAUUCAGCUUGUCGUCCAGCGGUCAACUGAGUCUGACUCAGACUCUGGACCGCGAGGCUCAAGGGAAAUAUGUCCUGCUGAUCACAGCCGCCGACUCGGGUUCUCUGCCGCUGAGCGGAACGGGGACGGUCACGGUUCUGGUGGACGACGUCAACGACAACAUGCCGGUUUUCCCCUCGUCCGCCUUCCACACAACCAUCACGGAGGACGCUCCCACCGGGACCGACGUGCUACUGGUGAACAGUUCCGACGCGGACGUGGGCCUCAACGGUGUCAUAAGUUACAGUUUGACCGGAGGACACGGACAGUUCUCCAUCAACCCGGCGACCGGACAGAUUAUCACCAGCUCCCUGUUGGACCGAGAGGCGCGAGCCAAUUACCAGCUGCUGGUGGCGGCGACAGAUGGAGGGCAGCCGCGGGGCCUGUCCAGCUCGGCCACCGUGUCGGUGACGGUGGCCGACAUCAAUGACAACCCGCCGCGCUUCCACCACCACCCUUAUGUUACCCACAUACCCGCCUCCACUGCAGCAGGGUCCCUGGUCUUUGCUGUUACUGUCACCGAUGAGGACUCGGGAUCCAAUGCUCAGCUGCACUACUCGCUGGUGGGACGCAACUCGGACAAAUUCAAGAUCGACCCUGUCCGAGGUGCCAUCACUGCCAACGAGAAGCUGACGGGGACUUCGGAGGUCACCCUCACAGUUCGGGUCAAAGACGGGGGAGCCAACCCAAAAACUGACACGAGCACAGUGACGGUGCGCUUUGUCAAUGGAGGCAACUUCCCUGUAAUCAAGCUGAAGGAGCACGCCUUCACCUUUCCUGAGAGCCAACCGACGAAUCACCUUGUCACCACCGUGACGGGGUCUUCCAGGAGGGGCGGGCCUCUGUCGUACUACAUCGCCAGCGGCAACCUGGACAAUGCCUUUCACAUCGAUCAGCUUUCCGGCGACUUAAUCAUCAGGCAUCCAUUGGAUUAUGAACACAUUCAGAAAUACGUUCUUUGGAUUGAGGCCAGAGAUCAAGGCUUUCCUCCGUAUUCCUCCUAUGAAAAUGUGGACAUCACGGUGUUGGAUGUUAACGACAAUCACCCGGUGUUUGACAAGGACCCUUUCAAUGCCGAGAUACUGGAGAACCUGUCACCUCAACGGGUCCUCGUGGUCUCUGCCGUUGAUCUGGAUAAUGGACCGAACGGGCAGUUGGAAUAUGCCAUCAUCGACGGAAACAACGAGAAUAGCUUCAGCAUCAGUCGAGCCACCGGUGAGAUACGAACCACCAGGCCUCUUGACCGCGAGAAGAUGGCCCAGUACACGUUGAGAGUCAAAGCCACGGACCGAGGGCUGCCGCCUAAAAACUCUGCUGUCAAUGUUAAAAUCACCGUGCUGGACGUAAAUGACAACGCCCCCCGGUUUUCCAAGAUUUUCAGCGCCACUGUGGCUGAGAAUGCUCCUGUAGGUUACACGGUCACCAGAGUCACCACCACAGACGAGGAUGCUGGCGCCAACGCCAUCAGUCGCUACUCAAUCACAGACACCACCCUCCCAUUUAGUAUUAAUUCCAACACAGGGGACAUAACAAUUAGUAGGCCACUCAACCGGGAGGAUACAGACCACUACUUUGUCAAAGUGUCUGCCCACGACUCCGGAUGGACAGUGAGUACAGACGUCACGGUAUUCGUCACAGAUAUCAACGACAACGCCCCCAGGUUUAGUCGUCCGUCUUACUACAUCGACUGCCCUGAACUGACUGAGGUGGGUUCCUUGGUGACGCAGGUGUCAGCCACUGAUCCCGACGAGGGUUUCAACGGCAAAAUAUUUUAUUUUAUUCGGACCCAGUCGGAGUAUUUCAGAAUUAAUUCCAGCUCUGGAGAGAUAUUUGUGAAGCAGCAGUUAAGGUAUCAGAAUUCAACAGGGGCCAGCAGCUUGAACGUUAACCGCCACAGUUUCAUUGUCACGGCCUCGGACCGAGGGCUCAAGCCUUUGAUGAGCGAGACGACAGUCAUUGUGAACAUAGUCGACAGUAACGACAAUCCUCCCGAGUUCGAGUCACUGAGUUACUUUACUCCCGUCACAAAGAGUGUCAAAGUCGGCACCAGGCUAAUAAGGAUCGUAGCUCACGACAAAAAAGACUUUGGCCUCAACUCUGAAGUUGCGUACUCGAUUAGAGGAGGUAAUAGCUCGAGUAAAUUCAAAUUAGAUGAAAUGAGUGGGUGGGUCACGGUUGCAUCACCCCUCAUAUCUGAUAUAAAUAAGAUUUUCCUCAUGGAUGUCAUGGCUAGCGACAGAGGGAAUCCGCCUUUGUCUGCACAGACGACAGUGCGAAUCGCCGUCACGGAGGAAAACCACCACACACCCGAGUUCUCCCAAAGCCAAAUCUCAGCUACAGUGCCUGAAAGCCUUGUUGUGGGAACUGCAAUAAGGACUCUAUCGGCCAGGGACAAAGAUAAAGAAAUGAAUGGCCUUAUCAAAUAUAAUAUUACAUCAGGGAACGGCAAGGGGUUGUUUGCACUGAAUAGUAAGACAGGGGUGUUAUCCCUCGCGCAGCCUCUCGAUUUCGAAGAAAACCAACAACACCAGCUGAAAGUUUCAGCCACGGACGGCGGUUGGAUUGCAAAGUCGAGCUUUGUCACGGUCACAGUUUACGUCACUGACGUGAAUGACAACCCUCCAGCGUUCGAUCCGGAUGAGCUCUACCCUAUCGUGCAGGAGAACGUUCCAAGUGGCACCACAGUGGUGAAAAUGAACGCCGUCGACCUCGAUUCGGGAGCAAACGCAGUCAUGGCCUACGUCAUACAAUCGUCAGACAGUGACCUCUUUGUUAUUGAUCCCAACACGGGCACCAUCACCACUCAGGGAUUUUUGGAUUACGAGGCUAAGCAGGUCUACCAUUUGACAGUGAAGGCAUUCAACGUCCCAGACGAGGAGCGCUGCAGCUUCGCCAAUGUCAACAUUCGGCUAAAGGGAGCCAAUGAAUAUGUACCCCGCUUUGUCUCCAAAGAGUACUACUUUGAAAUCUCUGAAGCCGCUCCAAAAGGCAGUGUGGUUGGGGAAGUUUUUGCAAGUGAUCGUGACCAAGGUGAUGAUGGAGUGGUCUACUACCUCAUUUUUGGGAAAAGCAGGAGGAAAGGCUUUGGCAUCAACAAAAGAUCUGGACAGAUUUAUGUCACAGGUGCACUGGACCGCGAGAAAGAGGAAAAGAUUUCACUUCGAGUGUUGGCCAAAAAUGCCGGGGCUAUCCGUGGAGCAGAUAUUGAUGAGGUUUUUGUGAACAUCACGGUACUCGAUGCCAAUGAUCCUCCUGUGUUUUCUCAGGAGUUGUAUGACGUGCAGAUCAGUGAGGGUCUGUCGCCUGGCGGUCUGGUUACAUUUGUGAGUGCUGAGGACUCGGAUUCUGUCCCAAGCUGGAGCCGGUUUUCCUACUCCAUUGCACCAGAGUUUGAUAAAAAGAUUUUCACUAUUAACCCCAAGACUGGCCAAGUGUCUGUGGCAGCAGAGCUCGACAGAGAGACAACACCUGUAUAUAAUCUAACCGUUCUCGCUGCGGAUACUGGCACACCUCCUUCUACUGGAAGCACCACGCUGAUUGUGAACCUGGAAGAUAUCAAUGACAACGGUCCAAGUUUGACAACCACGUACGCUGAAGCGAUGGAGAACCAGAAGUCUGGCACUGCGGUCACAACGUUAACAGCUUCCGACCCCGACUUACCACCCAAUCAAGGACCUUACAUAUACAGCCUUCUCAGUUCUGGCUCUGCCAACAGCUAUUUCAAUCUAAGUCCAGCUGGAAUCCUCACCACAAAUCGAGAGAUUGACAGAGAACAGAUUAGUGACUUCUAUCUCUCCAUUGUGAUCAAGGACUCUGGUGUACCUCAAAUGUCCUCCACAGGAACCAUUCGCAUUAAAAUUAAUGAUCAAAAUGACAACCCAUCAGAGCCAAGGUCAAUGGAAAUCUUUGUUCACUACUUUGGAAACAUAUUUCCGGGAGGUUCUUUGGGAGAUGUAAAACCCCAAGACCCUGACAUUCAAGACAGGUUCCACUGCUCCCUCAUUCCACCUUCCUCUGCGCUGUUUAAUAUUCCUACUGGAACAUGCAACCUCAACUCAAAAGCACGGUCGACAGAUGGAAACUUUGAAUUAACCAUCCGAAGCAGCGACGGUGUCCACGGUCCCGUCAGCAACACAGCCCGAGUCCUCUUCAUCGGUUUCACAAAUGCCACAGUAGAUAACAGCAUUCUCAUUCGACUCCAGUCUCACGGAGUAAGAAACUUCCUCACCGACCACUACCUCAGCUUCUUACGCAUUGCCAACUCCCAGCUAGCGGGGCUAGGCACCGGGGUCUUGCUUUAUGGUGUGUUUGAGCUCAACAACCAGACUUUCGUGAUGGCAGCUAUCAAACGAGGCCAUGGACAAUACGUGAACCCCAGUGGCGUGGCUACAUUCUUUCAGAGUAUCAAAGACAUUCUGAAUAGACAGAGCGGUGUGCAAAUAGAUGCAGUGGACCAUGAUCCAUGCACGCGGAACCCGUGCCAGAACGGCGGCAGCUGCAAGAGGCGUCUCACUGUUGGGCCCGAUAUGAAGACGGAGGAAAGCGUCCCAGUGAUCCUCGUAUCCAAUCACCCCCUGCAGCCUUACGCCUGCAGCUGCAGGCCGGGAUACACCGGAGCCGUCUGCGAGACCGACGUCGACGAGUGCCAGCCUUCGCCUUGUCACAAUGGCGGCACCUGCCACAAUCUGGUGGGGGGUUUCUCCUGCACCUGUCCUGAAGGUUUCACCGGCACGGCCUGCGAGAGGGACGUCAACGAAUGUCGUUCCAAUCCCUGCAAGAAUGGAGCGCUUUGUCAAAACUUCCCCGGCGGCUUCAACUGCCUCUGCAAAUCCGGAUUUGCAGGCAAAACAUGUGAUUCAAUCAUCAAUCACUGUGAGUGUAAUCCAUGUUUUAAUGGCGGCUCCUGUCAGAACCGGGUGGAUGGAUAUUACUGUCAUUGUCCAUUCGGGGUUUUCGGUAAACACUGCGAAUUGAACAGCUACGGCUUCGAAGAGCUCUCCUACAUGGAGUUCCCGUCGCUGGACCCCAACAACAACUACAUUUACGUGAAGUUUGCCACCCUGAAAAACGACGCCUUGCUCAUGUACAACCACGAUAACCAGACGGGAGACAAGGCAGAGUUCCUGGCCCUGGAAAUCUCGGAGGGGCAGAUGCGCUUCUCCUUCAACUUGGGAAGCGGAACAUACAAACUGAUGACCACGAUAAAAGUCUCCGACGGGCAGUUCCACACGGUCAUUGCCAGGCGGGCUGGGAUGGCCGCCUCGUUGACCGUGGACCUGUGCGGCGAGGACCAGGAACCAGGCUACUGUGCCGUGAGCAACGUGGCAGUUCACACCGACUGGCUCCUGGAUGUGGAGCCCAACCGGCUCUCGGUAGGGGGGGUGAGGUCAAUGGAGUCCGUCCUUCACCGACGCGGUCAGGUCGUCACGCACGACUUUGUGGGCUGCAUCAUGGAGUUGGCCGUCAACGGCCGCCCGCUGGAGCCCAGUCAGGCACUGGCAUCGCACGGCAUCCUUGACAGCUGUCCAAGACUGGAGGCAGCCUGCACCGCCAGCCCCUGCAGACACGGGGGCACCUGUUUGGACCACUGGUCUUGGCAGCAGUGCCAGUGCACGGACGGCUUCACCGGCAAAUACUGUGAGAAGUACAUCACGGCCGACACGGCGCUCUCCCUGGACGGCACCGGUCGCCUGGACUACGCCCUCAAGGAGGGCCCCAAGCGGGACAUCCUGCUGAGGAGAUCGCUGCAGGCCGGGACCCCUGACCCCGUCGUUCCCAGCCGUCUGGAGGUCAAGUUCAGGACGCGUGGCAAGAGCGGCACGUUGCUGCACGUGCAAGAGAGCAGUAACUACACCACGGUUAAGCUGAGGAACGGCAACCUCCACUACAUCUCAGAUGCAGGCGUGGGCGGCAAAGUGGAGCGGACCGUGGGGGACGCGGUGCUGUCCGACGGUCUGUGGCACACCCUCCUGCUGGUUAAGAAUGGCUCCGCCACCUUGAUGCAAGUGGACAACGCUCACUCGCGUGUCAUCCAGCAUCCAACCCAGGACUUUGGAGGUCUUGGUGUCCUCACAGUUUCCCUCGGAGGCAUCCCAUCUGGUCCCGGACAGCAGAAAACUACAACAGGGUUCGACGGCUGCCUGGCCUACGUGAAAUACAACGGCGAGAACCUCCCUUUCGCCGGAGAACACGGCCUCGUCGCCUUAACGAAGACCAGCCCGUCCGUCAAGAUAGGAUGCCGAGGUCCGAACUUGUGCGAGAGCAGCCCGUGCUGGGACGGCCUGAUGUGCAUCAACCUGUGGUACACGUACCAGUGCGUCCCGCCCGGCGACUGCGCCUCCAGUCCCUGUCAGAACCACGGGAGCUGUGUGCCGGAUCCCCGUGUGGGUUUCACCUGCGUCUGCUCCGAGUUCUACACCGGAAAGACGUGCGAGACCCAAGUGGCCUGCCUGGGUGUCCAGUGUCCUCAAGGGACCACUUGCAAGACAGUCAACAACGGCGGCUUUAUCUGUACUCCAAAUCCAGAAACGGAAGCCAUGGUUCUCCCCAUCUGGGCAGUCCCCGCGAUCGUCGGAACUUGUGCCACGGUGCUCGCCCUGGUGGUGCUCAGUCUCAUCCUGUGCAACCACUGCAAGGACCGAAAUAAAACCAAAGUGCCAAAGGAUCCUAUGGAGAAGAAACCCAAAGAGAAGAAGAAAAAGAAGAAAAAGGGAAGCGAGAACGUGGCAUUUGAUGACCCUGAUAACAUCCCGCCAUACGGAGAUGACAUGACGGUCCGGAAACAACCCGAAGGCAAUCCCAAGCCCGACAUCAUCGAGCGGGAGAAUCCGUAUCUGAUCUACGACGAAUCCGACAUCCCUCACAACAAUGAGGCCGUCCCAAGUGCUCCCUGCGCCCCUUGUAAUGGCCCGGAGGCCGACAUCGAGCACUACGACAUCGAUAACGCCAGCAGCAUCGCUCCGUCCGACGCGGACAUCAUCCAGCACUACAAGCAGUUCCGAAGUCACACCCCCAAAUUUUCCAUCCAGAGGCACAGCCCGCUGGGCUUUGCGAGGCAGUCCCCCUUACCCUUGGGUGCCACCAGUUACACCUACCAGCCUCAGUACACUCAGGCACUUCGAUCCACGCCGCUUAGCCACGCCCACUCAGCUUGCCCCACACCGAACCAUCUUUCCAGACACUCCCCGGCCCCGUUUACCAAGCCCUCCACCUUUUACAGAAACACUCCGACCAGGGAGCUUAACCUGGGCCGUCGUGAGGGCAGCCCCCUGGACCUGCACAACGACAUGUGCCAGCCGCCCCCCAUGUUCAACUACGCCACCCGGCUGGGGAGGCGCAGCAAGAGUCCGCAGACCAUGGCAAGCCACGGCCACACGUCCCGCCCCGGAAGUCGGCUCAAGCAACCCAUUGAGCAGAUCCCCCUGGAGACCGGCCCGCCCGUGGGGCUUUCGAUCGAGGAAGUGGAGCGGCUGAACAAUCCGCGUCCUCGCAACCCCAGCAUCUGCAGCGCCGACCACGGGCGCUCCAGCUCAGAAGAGGACUGCCGCCGGCCUCUCUCACGGGUCCGCAACCCCGCUGACGGCAUCCCCGCCCCGGAGUCCUCCUCAGAGAGCGACUCUCACGAUUCCUUCACCUGCUCGGAGAUGGAGUAUGACCGGGAAAAACCCGUUUCCUAUAGCUCCCGAGUCCCCAAGCUCUCACAAGUCAACGAGUCCGACGCGGACGACGAGGAUUACGGCGGGAGGCUGAAACAGAGGCGGUACUCGAGCCGACGGGCAGAAGGGGGUCCUGGCGUGGCCCAGCUGAACCCCAAUGAGCAGCACAACACCCUGCCUCACAAACUGGGGCCGGCCGGGGGCUUCAACUGGGACAAUCUUUUGAGCUGGGGCCCCGGUUUUGGACAUUACGUCGACGUGUUUAAGGACUUAGCCAUGCUUCCGGAAAACGCGUCGGCAAAGGACAUUGAAAUGAACAGCGGGGACGGCUCUGUCACCAUCCUAAAUGAAGGAGAAGCAGAACAAUACGUAUGAGACUAUUUAUUAUACUGGACGUUGUCGAUUUCGCGGACGUUGGCUCCAAAAACAACGUCGGACUUUGACCGUGUUUUUGAAUUGAAAAAUAACGACGACUUUCAAUGGAGUAAGGCAGAACCAACGGCACCUGAAUUCACCUUGGAAAGGUUUCCCCAGUCACCGUCCACCUGAUCCAUCACGCGUUGUCGGCACCCUUUGAAGAAUUCAACUGACCUCCGCGCGCGUUAUCUUGACGAAACGUUUCUGUUCCUUAUUAGCGAUAUUGCCUCUCGCUUGCAGGCCGAAAGAUAAGACGGCAGAUUAAAUGAACGCUCCCAGCUGUCGGACGAAACAAAACUCCCGUUCUUACGUUGCCGGUCAGGCUUUCAUCGGCGCCCGUGCGUUUUUGACGGCGCCGCGACCGCGGACUCUGUAAGCGCUCCCACGCAAAUCACACCCCGGUCCCCGCCGGUUGUCGCCUCGGGUUUGGUUUUCUCACAGAAGGGCCGCCCGAUUGCGCCGAGGGUCACAGUGAAUCAAGUCGACUGCCUUACGCACAUUUGAGGAUUGCGGCAUGGGGACAAAUAUGGUGGUGUAUUUUCGUUUUGGGUGGGUUCGUUUGCGUUUCAAUCGACACGAUGACAACUUGUGGAUAUUUCUUGAAAUGACCCAAACCAACAAAACAAAGACUCUGUAAAUUGUUCCCACAGUUCAAACGUGGAAUCAUUUGUCAUUGGUGUACUCGUCCAUUAUGUUGAUAUCAUGUUGUACGGUUGCUCGGUUUUUGUACUGUUUAUUAACUUAAAUUACUUAAGCUGUGUUUUUAUGGAUAUUUUUUUCAUAAACCGAAAUGUAUGUUCUUACUUUCGGGGAAAGUAAGGGUUAAAGACCUAUUUUUUACAUCUGUUACAUAUGUAACGUCAGUAUUUUCCACUUUUUAUAAAACUAUAACAUGCUGUAUGCUUUGUACUUGUAAAAAAAAAAAAAAAAAAAAAAAAAAAGCCAAUAACAGAAUAAAAAAAUAUUUAUUUAAAGGUGUUUGGAGAUCGUAUUGCAAACCAUUUCGAUGAAGUCGGGCCAGACUAAUUCCAAAAUGUUAAUUGACAUAUUUGGAAUUGUUUUGGAUAAAUUUGAUAGUCAAACCUCAUAUUUUCCGAUUGUUUACAAAAACAAGGAGCAAAUGACAGAUAGAUUUCUACGAAAUAUCCAAAAUUCCAGAACACAUUAUAUAUUAAUAAAAAUGUUUUCAGGAAUAAAGCUGUAU